AUGCACGAGAACUUCAACACGCUCAGUGAGCCGCUCGAGCUGCUCUUCACCUCCGAGUGCUUGAUUUUGACCGAGUAUAUGGAGACAAUAAUCCCGUUCAUCGCUCACUACCACUCCGAGAUGCACGGUAUCACGCUCAACAACGUUUGGAGCAAGGUCUUGGGCAUUUUCGCCUACGGUCUGCUGGAGUUGAUAUUGUUUGGCGUGUUGGCCACCAUCAUCCGACGCAACAGCGGCAUCCGGGCGCUGUACCAGUUGGCCUUCGUUCUCGAGACUCAGAUGCCGCUAGUGCAAGCCAAAUUCGCGCUCUGGGUGAUGAUGAUGCUGGCCUUCCGAGUCACGCAUUUCGGGGUGGACUUCACCUUCAAGUUCUCGUGGAGGUAA